AUGGCUCGACAGAGAAGGGAGUCCUCGGAGAGUGGCCAGCCGUCAAGAGACGCAAUUAGGUCGACUGCGUCGGGGACCAACAACUCAGAGUUCAGCAAUGAAGACUUCACAAAAGACGAGGUAGUUUUAACAACUAUAGUCGAUGUCGGAGUAAGCCUCGAGAGGUCUCCUAAAAGGAUCCCUUCGACUUUGGGUGGCGGGCUAGAGGACAGUAUCCAAGGUAUAAACUUAACACUUCCCGAUCCUAACCUCAACCCCGACUCAUGCCCUUAUUACUCUAUAAUAAGUAGGACUUUAAUUGAGCCUUCCCUUGGAGGGGAGAGACGGUUGUCAAAUCUGGAAGUUCGUCUUCGGGAUGCCAUUCGGACUAUCCAAAACUCGGAGUUAGAAGCGCUUAGGGCGACCGUUGUCGACCUCAAGAAGGAGGUGGCCAAUUUCCGUCAAACAAACUUAGACCAGGAGAAGUAUUGGGAAGAUCACGUUAACAAUUUCAUGAAGAUGGAUGCAGAAACAAGUUAG